AUGGUGUCUCAGCAUGUCACGGAGCCGGAGAUGCGGGAGUUGUUGGAGCGGUUGGGGGAGGCGCAUAACCGGGAUAACCGGAACGUGCUGCCAAGCUUCUACGAGCUCUGGCUGGACAGCGUUUGUGAAACCGCCAAGGCCCUGGACCCGGAGUGGAGCGACGAUCUUGACCGGCAGUGGCGCGCCAGACUGCGGCCCGGGAUGCAGAUCAUAAUGGCAGCCUACUGA